AUGCCGAAACCACGAACAAAACGAGGAGGUGAUCGCGAUGAGCGCAAGAGGAAGCGGUACGACGAUACCGAAGCGAAUUUCGAUGCCGACAACAAGCGCCAGCGUCGAGAUGACGAAGGCGACGGCAACGAUUACGGAUAUGGUGACGAAGAAUUCUCACAACACCAAGGCCAUGCCGGCGAAAGGGAAUUCUUCGGCAUGCUGGCUGAUGACGAGCAAGAAUACUUCAGACGAGCUGAUGAGAUGCUGGAGCUGAACCAAUUUCCGACCCCCGAGGAGCGAGACAUCUUUCUGCAGAGCGUCUACCGUGAAGCAAAGGGCAAAGAGCUCAAGGUCGCUACCCAGAAAAAGCAAUUGUUUGAAGCCUUUGGCGGCCACUUUUUGUCGCUGGUGCAGCACCGCUUUGCUAGCCACUGCUGCGAGGCGCUCUUCCUCCGAUCUGCCGGUGUUGUCACGCAAGAGCUUGCUGGUUUUACCGGGUUUGUGAUGGAUACCAAGGGUGCAGAUGUCGAUGCGCAACAACCUGAAGCUUCCAUGGAACAUCUAUUCUUGGCAACACUGGAUGAGCUUGAGGGCAGCUUGGGUUAUCUCAUCACCGACCGAUUCGCUUCACAUACUCUGCGAGUCUUGCUACUAGUAUUAUCCGGAAUGCCUCUCGAAGAACAGUCGUCGCGUACGCUACUAAAGAGCAAGAGGAAGGAGAAGAUUACAGUUGUCGGAUCUACAGCAGCAGAUGCGCAAAACCACGGCAAGCGAGCAGUGCCGGCAUCUUUUACUAUGGCAGCCAACAAGAUCAUGCGAGACUCGGUAGCAGGAAUGGAUGCUACUGGAAUCCAGGUCCUGGCCAAACAUCCCAUUGGCAACCCGAUUCUGCAGCUCAUUCUGGAACUUGAUUUAACGCUCAACAAGGGUGAGCCCAAGGGUGAGGAUGGGAAAGCCGACGACGCUUCCCCUUCCCUUCUCCAGCUGCUUCUCCCCGACGCUCCCCGAUCACUGUCUGAUGGCUCUUCUGCGGCUUCCGAAUUCGUCAACGGCAUGAUAUACGACCAAAUUGGCUCGCGACUUAUCGAAACGCUCGUCGCGCAUGCGCCAGGAAAGAUUUUCAAGGCUCUUAACCAGAACAUAUUCCUACCCAGGAUACAAGGCUAUGUCCGUAACGAUAUCUCAUGUUACCCUGCUAUCAAAGUGCUUCAGCGGCUGGGUAAGGAUGACCUCGCAAAGGCCGUCGAUCAAAUUGCGCCGACGAUUCCUCAGUUAGUCUCCAAAACAAGAUAUAACGUCUUGUCAACUCUCUUUGAACGAUGCGCGGCUAGAAAUAUCAAUAACGAAAUCAAAAAGUUGAUGAAGGCCAGCGAAGAGGAAGAGAAGAAAAAGAAGAAGGACGUACAGCAAUUAACCAAGAACGAGUAUGCCGUCCAAUCCCACGGCGCCAAUCUACUUACCACUCUGCUCUCAAUAUCCGGCCCAUCCAAGGGUGUUCAAGAAUCAAUCAAUGCUUUGCCGUCUGACAUUGUCCUCCGCCUCGCCAAUACGUCUCUACCAACCGUCACCGUCCUCACUACCGCCAUCAACACGCUGUCCACCAACUCCAUUUUCCAAAAGAGUCUCAUUAACACACUGAUGCCACACAUACCCGACAUGGCAACAUCUCAGUAUGGCCACAACCUUAUCAAUGCCAUCGCUGAAAUCCCUAGCAAGGGUAAGGAUUGGAGCAUCCCUCAGCACAUGAAGGACAGGAUUAUGACUGCCCUCGGAGCGCACGAAUCCCAGCUGAGGGAGUCAUGGAUGGGAAGGAGCGUCUGGCGGACGUGGAAGGGAGAUAUGUGGAAAACACGGCGGUUUGACUGGAAGAACUGGAUGAAGGAGUUGGAUGAGAUCAAGGCCCCAGCUGCGGCUGCGCCAAAGAACAAGGGGGAGGCAAAGGCGAAUGGCGAAAAGAAGGCUGUCAAGGACGACGAGGAUGUUGAGCAGAUUCAUGAAAAAGCAGACGAAAAUGAGGAGGCAAUCGGCGGAGAUGGCGACGAAAAAGAAGAGAAGAAGGAGGAGAAGGAGAAGAAGGAGGAGAAGGAGAAGAAAGAAAAGAAGGACAAGAAGGACAAGAAGGAAAAGAAAGAGAAAAAGGAGAAGAAAGAGAAAAAAGUAAAAGAAGAUGGUGAGGAACAGGAAAAGAAGAAAAAGAAGAAGAAGAAGUCAAAGAACGAGGAUGUCGAGAUGGCUGAUGCCGAAGAGUGA